UGAGACUCUCAUAGUCAUCGCCAAGGAGCAAACAAGGGGAUCGAUCAUCGCGCGCCUUCCAUCUUCUUCCUGCAGCUUAUCUCUGUGUCACGAAGAAGAAGAUCAUCGAUCGUCUCAGAUAAGCCUGGUGGGAGAAAACAGCAGCAUGGACUUUAAACUCCAGUUGCUUGAAGCUAUUACAGACAACUUUUCAGAGGAACAGAAGCUUGGCAGCGGCGAUUAUGGAGAAGUUUACAGGGCGGUGCUUGAUAACGGGGAAUAUAUUGCUCUGAAGAAGCUUCAUCAAUUACAAGGACUUGAUGAUAAGCAAUUUCGCAGUGGAUUCCGUGACCUUGUCAGGGUCUCUCACAAAAAUGUUGUAUGCUUAAUUGGCUACUGCCACGAAUCUCGGAAGAAAUACGUUGAGCACAAGGGGGAACUUACUUUGGAUAAAAUAACUGAGAGAGUUCUCUGCUUCGAGUAUAUGCAUGGCGGGAGCUUCGAUAAACAUAUUGCAGAUGAAUCUUGUGAACUUGAUUGGCCCAUUUGUUACAAAAUCAUUAAAGGGACGUGCGAGGGGUUAAAUCACCUUCACACCAAGCAGGAAAAGCCUAUUUUCCAUCUGGAUUUAAAGCCUUCUAAUAUAUUGCUGGAUGAGAGCAUGACGCCCAAAAUUUCAGAUCUUGAUCUGUCCAUACUUGUUUCUUCGACAAAAACGCACGAAACAGAGAUACUCAGAGGCACACAAGGGUACAUGCCGCCAGAAUACAGAGAUAGUGGCUUGGUAUCAAACAAGUUUGACGUGUUCAGUUUGGGCAUCAUAAUUAUAAAAACAGUGGCUGGAAAUAUGGGCUACUUCCGUUAUUCUGAAAUGUCUCAUAAAGAUUUUAUUGAGUUUGUAAGUGAAAAUUGGAUGAAGAGGUGGCAGGCAAUGCCGGGUUACUAUUCAUCACAUGAAAUAGACAUCCUAACAGUGAUUACAUGUAUUGAGACCGCAUUAAGAUGUGUCGAUACCGACCAAAAAAAGAGGCCCUGCAUAGAGGAUAUUGUCCAUGAACUGGACGAACUAGAAGCUGAGAUUAAGAAAAUAAGGUUACUAGCUCCUGAUCCUAUGCAGAUUCUCUUGAGUAAUCAAGGCCCUGGCAUGGAGUUUCCAAAAAUUUCCAGGCUAUGUACGGCCCAUAACUUGGCCCACUAUAAGCGCAUCCUGGAUUUUAAAUUCGGUUUGAUUGAAGCUAUUACAAACGGUUUUUCAGAUGAUCAGAAAAUUGGGAGUGAUGGGUAUGGAGAUGUUUACAGGGCAUUGUACAAUGGGGAAGAGAUUCUUGUGAAGAAGCUUCAUUCCUUGGAGGGACUUGAUGACAAAGAAUUUGAGAAUGAAAUGCAUAUCCUUACCAAGGUCCAUCACAAAAAUGUUGGUCGUUUAAUUGGCUACUGCUACAAAACUUGCCUUAUAAAUGUUGAGCGCAAUGCGGAACAUGCUUCCUCAGUGGCAACAGAGCGAGUUCUAUGCUUUGAAUAUACACAAAGUGGAAGCCUUGAUAAACAUAUUGCAGAUGAACCUUGCCGACUUGAUUGGUCCACACUUUACAAAAUUAUUAAAGGGACUUGUGAGGGCUUAAAUCACCUUCUCAGUGCACAUCAAAAACCUAUUCUCCAUCUAGACUUGACACCGGCUAACAUUUUUCUGGUUAAGGGCAACACACCUAAAAUUAUAGGUUUUGGUUUGUGGAGACUUAUUGAUUCGACAAAAAUGCAUCAAACAAAGAUCUUCAAAGAAACACACGGGUACAUGCCACCAGAAUAUGUCGACACUGGCUUUAUAUCAAACAAGUUUGACGUGUUCAGUUUGGGUGCCAUAAUUAUAAAGCUGAUGGCCGGAAAUAUGGGCUACUCUCGUUGUUUCAAAAUGUCCCCCAAAGAUUUUAUUCAACAUGUUAGUGACAAUUGCACGAAAAGGUUGCAUGCAAUGCCAGGAUAUUCACCAUAUGAAAUAGACAUCCUACGAGUGAGUACAUGUGUUGAGAUUGCAUUAAGAUGUGUGGACGAAGACCGAGAGAAAAGGCCCUGUAUAGAAGACAUUGUCCAUAAACUGGGGGAACUAGAAGCUAGGGUUAAGACAAUAAUGUUACUACCUCAUGAUCAUAGGCAAAGCCUCUUGACUGACCUGGACCCUGGCUUGUACUCUCCAAAAGAAAGCAAGCUAUAUAUGUCCCAUAAGUUGGCCCAAGAUGGAGCUGUUACAGGGUAUAAAUCAAAUUGGUCCAGGAUUGAUUCUCAGUCUGGCGCCACCAGCACUGCUCAUGGUCAGUCAAAAGACCUAAGUCUCCAGACGGGGUCUAUUCCACAAUAUAUGUCCUUACAACAUCUAAGAGACAUCACAAACAACUUCUCUGAUGAGCGAAUAAUUGGUAGAGGUGGUUUCUAUGUGGUAUAUAAGGGAGUGCAACAAAAUGCGAAAAUGGUUGCAGUGAAGAAGCUUGUGCAUCCAACGGUGAGCACACAGGUGGAAUUUGAGAAGGAGGUUAAACUCCUUAUGAAACUAAAGCACCCAAAUAUAGUGCAACAAGUAGGCUACUGCUAUGAAACACAGAAUCUGUAUAUGGUUCAUGAAGGAAAAUGCAUUUUUGCUGAGUAUACUCACACUUUGCUUUGCUUAGAACUUCUGAAGAACGGAAGUCUUGAUAAGUAUAUUUCAGCUGCAUGUUCUGGACUUGAUUGGCACGGACGCUGCAAAAUAAUUGAGGGGGUUUCCUAUGGUCUAGAGUACCUUCAUGAGCAAUCUAAAGAACCCAUUCUUCACUUGGACCUAAAACCUGCGCACAUAUUGCUUGAUGUCAAUAUGCUGCCAAAAAUUACAGAUUUUGGUCUGUCAAGACUAUUUGAUCAAAGCCGAACUAUUCAGACUGCAAAUACUAGUGGAACACUAGGUUACAUGGCGCCAGAAUACCUGCGAGGUAUAAUCACACCUAUGUCAGACAUAUUCAGUUUGGGUGUUAUAAUCUUGGAGGUAAUAACAGGGCACAGGGACUACCCAUAUGAUAUUAGAUCAUCUUCCAAGGAAUUCAUCGAGCACGAGCUUCAAAACUGGAGAAAUAGGCUGCAAAAAGAACCAGGGUCUAGAUCGCUAGAAACAGAUUGCCAACAAAUAAAAAAAUGCAUUCAGAUAGGUCUAAUCUGCGUGAAUCCUGAGCGGACCAAAAGACCUACAAUGAAGAAAAUUAUUGAUAUGCUUGAAGGCUUGGAAAGUACGGAUUGGUACAUUAACAAUCAGUUAUCAAGCCAUGAAAUCCAAGAGGAGCUAUAGCUAUUGAAGGAGGUCGUCAUGCAUCCACUGCGGCUUCCAUCUUCUUGGUAUGCCACUUCACUGUGUUCGUUCGACAGGGUGUUGGAUCUCCGUUCGUGCUACAUGCAAUUGUCGUUUAUGUUUGACAGCUGGCUAUGCAAGGUAUCAAUUUGCUUAAUCUACACCCCUAGUUCUAGCUAGUGCAUAGUAUCACAUAUCUGAAAUUUUGCUAGUUCCUGGAGACAUAUGCACUAGUACCUACGGGCAUUGUUGUGACAAAAGGAUGAAAGGCAUCAAAGUCUUUCAGAGUUGGUGUAACUCAAUCAGCAAAUGCUAAUCUGUAGACAAGGGUGCUCGUCUGCCAUCUUCUAUAUAUUCUUGUUUGAGUGCUAUCUGUUACAGGUGUUGUACAUAAUACAGUAGCUGUUAAUCUACCUUUGGUAUAUAUGCAUAGUCUGUACGUAACAAACAUUUAUCUCGCCGGAAAUAAUUGCUGCACAGAAUCAAAAUCCCCAUCUGCUACGUCCCCUAGAUGUUCUAGCCCAUCAGACCUGAACCUGGGUCGGCGUCGUGUGGGUGCCGGUGUUGUUGUGAGUGAUCAUGGCAGAUUUUAUUUUUGGACAGGCUGUCGCCGCUCGCUGCUCUUUUGUGAACGUCUGUAACACUGAGAAUGCUGAAGCCUGUGUGGUAAGGUAUGCUGUACUUUUAGCGAAAUAUUGAGGAUUUGGUAAGGUAUGCUUCAGACUGUCUUUCUUCUUUGGUUAACAAGCUGAACUCAUCAUUGUGCAACUCCAUGACAUCAAAUUGAAGGCUGAAACUCUGAGUUCUUUUUCUUUUACCCGUGAUAUAUCGCUCAGUCUGCGAUACAUGAUGCGGGCCUUGUGUGCGUUGGUAAGGCGCCGGAGCUGUUCCGCGCCCUCCUCUCUACCGAACAAGCUUUGUUGCAUCAAUAGAACGCUGGUGAUUAUAUGAGCAAAACUCUGUUUAAUUCAACCUCUUCAGAAUUGGAGUUAUCGAGAUUCUUUCGAUUCUUGCGUCUGCUCUAAUUCUUUGCUGAACCGCGCAAACAAACAACAAAUUCAUCUCGAUGCCCAACCAUUUUACUUUAUCUUUCAAGAGCUGGCAAAUGUAUAUGAGCAGAGAGGGUUUGAGCUUCUAUCAGUACAGAUUUUUUUUGGCAUAAAAAUGCUCCUCACUAUAUUUAAUUAAAUACCUGGGAAAGUCAAUUCGUUCGUAAUGGACUUGUAGGCUGUAGCGCCAGGGCUCGUAACUUCUUUUGUGGAAAUGACCUGAAUUAACUAAAAAGUAAACAAAACUGAAGAAAUUGAACCAUACACGGACAAGAAAGGCCUCUGAUAUAACCUC